AUGGCUUAUAGACGUAAAAGUGGUUUUCUAUGGAAGAAAUGUGUCGGUGAAAGAGCAACAACAACAACAGUAAUAUCAACCAUUCCAGAAGAGAUAUACUAUGAAAUUCUCUUAAGAUUACCAGUGAAAUCACUAUUAGCUUGUAAGUGUGUUUGCAGGAAUUGGUAUGCCCUAAUCUCAGCUUCUGAUUUUGUUAAAUUGCACCAUGAACUUACUAUCGAGAAAAAUAACCCUAUGCUCAUGCUUAAAGUUAAUGGAAUUACUCAGUUUUACUCCAUAAGUUAUGAUUCAUUACCAUCAUCAUCAGUGUGUGAAAUUAAAGAUUAUGCUAUUGAAAUGGAUCACCCAUUCAAGUCAUAUUAUUCUGUUGGAUUUUCGGGUUCAUGUAAUGGAUUUAUUUUGUCUUUGGACCCCGCCACAAGAGAAUAUAAAGAAUUGCCCAAAUCACCAAUUGAAAUUAGUAUAGACAAUAUUUGCGUACAUGGUUUUGGUUAUGAUCACAAGACUGAUAAUUACAAGUUGGCAGUAGGUAUAGAAGCUAAUGGAAGCAAGGAUAGUAUUCUAAUCCAAGUCUAUACUUUAGCAUCAAACUCAUGGAAAAUCGGUCAAACCUUAUCUUAUCGUUUUAUUCAUUUUCAAACAUCUGGAGUGCUCGUUAAUGGAAACCUUCAUUGGUUAGCGCUAGGUCAAAACAACUGUCUAUUACUCUCUUUGGAUAUUGCUGAUGGGAGUUUCAAAGAAAUGCAACUACCAAGACAUCUCCUGGAGAUGGAGAUGAAUAAGGAUAUAUGUAUAGGUGUGUUGCAAGGGUGCCUUUGCUUACUUGUUAGCUCAUAUGUUAAUGGUGUUAAGGAUUCUGAAGUAUGGGAGAUGCUUGAUUAUGGGGUUCAGGAAUCUUGGACUAAGCGUUAUGUCAUGGCCCAUGAAAGUAUUAUCAACGAGCGAAAAUAUUUCAGGCUCGUGCGGUCUUUGAAGAACACGAGAUUCUACUCUUGA